AUGAUAACCGAGAAUGGUAUAAUGCCUGGGAACCGUAAGCUAUCAGCCAUCUCCAAUUCUUCAGCGCCGACGAAUAUCACAGAGUUAACACUUUUCCUAGGACUCACGAUAUUUUUUAGGAAAUUUGUCCCUGAAUUUUCAUUAAUCACUGAACCUUUAACAACAAUGUUACGAAAAUCCGAACGCAACUCAUUUCGCUGCAAUGAGCCACAGCAACAAGCAUUUCAACGUGUUAUCGACUUUCUGACAUCCACUCCGGUGUUGGCCCUUUACGACCGAAAUAAGCAGCGUGAGGUACAUACAGACGCUAGCAGUAUCGGCCUCGCAGGUGUCUUAAUGCAGUCGUAUGAUG